CUUUUUACUGAGUAAAUCUACACCUUUAAGCGAAGAUGUAUUUAUGUGUGACUCUGCCGAUGCUCUUCAUCUUUAUGGAGUCUCAUGCAGAGCUAUUAGAGGUGGUUGGUCCGGACGCUCCUGUUUUUGCUGUAGCUGGUGAAGACUUGGUUCUGCCUUGUUUAAUCAAAGCCAAAACCAGUGCUGUGGACAUGACAGUGGAGUGGUACAAACCAGACAGAGAUAAUUCAUUAGUGCAUUUGUAUAAGGAUCAUGAAGAUGCUAAUGAAAAUCAGGCUCAGACGUACAGAGGAAGAACUUCAGUUUUUAAAGAGGAGCUACAGAAUGGCAACACUUCACUCAAACUCUCAGCUAUUGGAGAUUCUGAUGAAGGAGAUUACAGGUGUCUUGUUGAAGAUAAAUCCAUGUCCAGUGAGACCACUGUUCAUGUCAUUGUUGAGGUUCAGGGAAGCCACCCAGUGAUCACAAUGGAGAGUUAUGAUCAUUCAGGAGGGAUUAAUCUAGUGUGUGAGUCCAAAGGCUGGAAACCUGAACCUGAGGUUUUGUGGCUGGAUGAAGAAGGAGUUACUCUGCCUGCUGAAGAGACACAGAUACACAGAGACACUGAGGGUUUCAGUUUGAAAGGCCGCAUCACUGUUCACGUUUAUAGCCACUCCAAAAGAUUUCACUGCAGGUUUCAACAGCAACGUCACAUGAUGGAGACAGAGGUUCUUAUUAUUAGUCCAUUCUUUGCUGCUUGGAAAUGGAUUGUUGGCAUUUCGAUUUCAGCAUGUCUUGUUGCUGUUGGGUUGAUUAUAGCUUUAGUUCUAUGUUAUAAGAAAGGGAAAAGGACAAAGGAAAAAGGUAAUUACAUCUAAACAUAUAUUUUAUUUUUAAAAUAUUACCAAAAAACCUGAUAUUUUAACUAGUAUUACCUUUAAAGCAAAUGCUAAUACAGUAAUCUAUAUUGUGUAUUUUCACCUCUUUGUUUGUAAUGAUUAGUGCUAAUGUACAAUGUUCUGUAGUGUACCAUUUAGAUUUAGCAAAUAAAUAACAUGAGGAGAAAUAUUAAAUAUUAUAACUGCAAUUUGAUUUGAUGUGUUUUGGUACAUUAUUAAAAUGCUUAUUCUAGUUAGCACUGUAUACGUCUUUUUAAAAUGAUUUAUUAAAAACUAA